AUGUUCAACCGGUGGUUCGAAAGUGGCCUUCUUUACGGAAGUAACGAGAACAGCAACAACACUUCUUCAUCCGAAGGAAAGAAACAAUCACUUGUGCCAAAAAGGAUGGUUCCGUCUUCAAAAUCACAUCGGACCUCUUCAUCCUCAGGCGAUUUGCCACCUGAAACGAUCCCGAAAAAUCUACAACCUCUUCCUGUAAAUAACAUGACCAUCACACAACAAGAAAAUAAUCUAACUUUGAAUUCUAAUAGAUUAAUACUUGUAAAAAACUUGAGUGAUUUUUCGGUAAAUUCUCAAUUCGUUUUCAACGAUGAAGACAGUAAACGAUUGUUUGCAGUUUUCAGAACCCGAAAAAACAAAAUCUACGCAAUGGAUGAAAAAUGUUAUCACAUGGGUGGACCUUUAGAAAAAGGAGACAUUGAAGAUUUAAUGGUCUAUUAUGAUUCUACAAAAACAAAGAAAGAACAUCCAUGUGUGGUUUGCCCAUGGCAUCACUAUUACAUUUCUUUAAAAACUGGAGAGUCUUUUUAUUUAGAUCUUGAUCGGAAAUAUAAAUCCAAAGGUCAACGACAACGAACAUAUCCAUUAUAUUAUCAUCCAAUAACUUUGGAUCUUUACUUGGAGUUGGACCAUCGUUUGGAAUUAAAUCAAGACAAUAAUGUAUGCGAAUGCACCGAACACAAUCACCAACCAUUACAAACACUCGAUUCAGAUCAUUAUGUUAAAAUUCAUCAACAACAACAAAAUCAAACCGAUUCAAAACCUCACUCAGUGGUCAACCUUAAAGAAUUACGAGAAAAAAGAGAACAACAAAAAACUUCAAGUUUUAACAACAAGCAAUCAUCCUCGAACUUACCUCCCCUCAUUCAUAUUAACAAUUUACAAAGCAAGACUGGUCAGCGAAAGUAA